GAAAAGAUUCGACUCAAAUGAACAGCAUCCACCACCCUCACCGCCAGAUGCUUCAUUCGCUCAACAAGGUGCCAGGAGCGUAUUUGAUUGAGCACUAUCACUGUACAGCAUGGCGUCCGAUGAACCUAAAGCAAAGAGGAUUAAACUCGAGGAAAAAAAGCUCAGUCAAAAUGCCCUUUUUGGGAUGGGAAACCCCCUGCUUGACAUCUGCGCUGUGGUGGACAAAGACUUUCUAGACAAGUAUGGGCUCAAGCCAAAUGACCAGAUAUUGGCAGAAGAUAAACACAAGGAAAUGUUUGAAGAGAUGGUCAAGAAAUUCAAGGUUGAAUAUCGUGCUGGAGGUGCCACUCAGAACUCUGUGAAAGUUGCACAGUGGAUGAUCCAGGAGCCGCACAAUGUGGGCACCUUCUUCGGCUGCAUCGGAAAGGAUAAGUUCGGGAAGAUCCUGAAAGAGAAGGCGGAGGAGGCCCACGUGGAUGCCCACUACUAUGAGCAGAGUGAGGAGCCCACGGGGAGCUGCGCUGCCUGCAUCACUGGCGACAACAGGUCUCUUGUUGCAAAUCUCGCUGCCGCUAAUUGCUACAAGAAAGAGAAACACCUCGAUCUGGAGGAGAACUGGAAACUUGUUGAGAAAGCCCAAGUUUACUACAUCGCUGGCUUCUUUCUGACCGUGUCCUUGGAGUCGAUCCUAAAGGUGGCCAAACACGCUUCUGAAAACAACAAGAUCUUCUGCUUGAAUCUGUCAGCUCCGUUCAUCUGCGAGUUUUUCAAGGAGGCCCUGAUGAAGGUGAUGCCCUAUGUCGACAUCCUUUUCGGCAAUGAAACGGAGGCCGCUGCGUUUGCACGGGAGCAAGGCUUCGAGACCGAAGACAUCGAGGAGAUUGCGAAGAAGGCCCAAAGCUUACCCAAAGAGAACAAGAAAAGGCAGAGGAUUGUUGUCUUCACCCAAGGCAAAGAAGGAACUGUAAUGGCCAAAGGUGACAAGGUGGAGACAUUCCCUGUCCUGGAGAUCGACCAGAGCGAGAUAGUGGACACCAAUGGGGCUGGAGACGCUUUUGUUGGAGGUUUCCUGUCUCAGCUGGUACAGGAUAAGACCUUUGAGCAGUGCAUCCGCGCUGGGCACUACGCUGCUAACGUCAUCAUUCGCCACGCGGGCUGCACAUUCCCAGAAAAGCCAGACUUCCACUGACGGGCCGCUGAGAGACCGGAAGAUUUGGCCGCACAAGUGUUUUAUAGGACUAAUGCCUUUCUUUUUUUUUUCUUUUUUUAAUUGACUUUUUAUCUUCUUUUCCUCUUUCCUCUCUUGUUCACUGCCUGCUGCCUUCCGUGCCUCGUGGGUUUUUUCUGUCUCACGGCUUAAUGCGAUCACAGAGAUGUUUUUCACAUUUCAACUGUUUACAAAAGAGGCAAAAAGAGGAAUUUUUGUGAUGAAAGUGUUGAUUUGUUUUUAAUGAGUCCAUUUUAGUAUUGCAGUUAAAGAUCAUGGUCAGAACGUAUGAAAGCUACUUUCUGCCAUUGGAAUAAAAUGUAAAAAUUUUUGUUGUGACUUUUCUUCUUACAAUUCUGAGAUAAAAUUGCAAGAUUAUAUUUGAUUCUGGUUGAUUACUCAGAUUCUUGCAAAAACAAAAAAAAACUUUCUAUAUAAACUUAAUUGAAAUAAAGAAUAUAAACUCCCAAAAAUUGGCAAUUCAGAAUGAAAAUAUUUAAAAUUGUGAGAUACAAACUCUUGACUUCUUUCGGUCAUGCUGUAUAUCUCUCAAUUCAGUUUUUCUGAGAAUUGUAAGUUUUUCUGAGACUUGCAAAUCUCACAGUUCUGACAUUUUCUCAGAAUUGCAACUUGUCGUGACAAAUUUAACAGUUCUUUCAACCAAUUGUGAGUUUACACCUCUUCAAGUAAAAAGAAAGCAGAAUUGCGGCAAGAAAUCAUUUGCAUGAAAAAAGCCAGCCAAUAAACUGGUUAUUGCAAGAAAUAGUCACAAUUCUAACAGAAAAAUCUAAAGUACAAUACAAAUUGGAAGAAAAUAAAGUUUAAUAAAUAAACUUUAAAUUGCAAAAAAGCUCGCAAUUCUGAGAAAGUAAAUACAUAAAAAAACAUACAUACAAACUCAUACAUACAAAGAAUUUCAAAAUAAAUAUAGUUCCAAUAUGUUCAGUCUCACAAUGUUGACUUUGUCACAGAAUUCACUUUUUUUUUUUUGCAAUGUACUGUCAGGUAAAUAAAAAAGUUAAGUAUGAGACAAACAAAAAAUUGCAUUGAGUUGAGUCACAAUUACCAUAUUUUUAUAUUAUUUUCAUUUGUUUGAUCCUAUGGCAGAAACAGGCGUCUGUAUUUUAAGAUGUGACUGUUUGCUUACAUAAUUACCUUAAUCAUAUGGUGAGACUGCUUUAAAAACUGAUACGUAAAUUACAAACAUUGAUUACAGUCGCCAGAUGAAUGAUAUGAACUUUAACGAAAUCAAAGGCUUGUUUUAUCUCAGAGGAAUUUUGUUGGCCAGUCCUGCUGUUGUAAACCAAAUGUAAUUGUGAAAAGCACACUCGAAUGUGUCACGAUCAAAGAAAUCUGUUGUUGUGUGAGCAUAACCUCUGCCAAAAUAAGAAUAAAAGAGCCUGUAUUACUGCUGUCA